CCUAAAACUAUUCUGUUAGAAUGUACUGUAAACGGUAUCUCUUCCUUUAUUUAUUUGACUAUAUGGACAGUGAAUAGUAUUGUGUUGGCUGAUGCAUUAUUAUAAAAAUGUUUGCUCUGUCUCCAUCUGCUGGCAUCGACUAGUGGACUCGCUAAUAAAUCCCUCGAGCAAUAUUGGGCAGACCUACAGCAAGAGAGAAAGGAACCAAAAUACAGGCCCGUCCUGAUAUCAUCACCGAAUGUUUUUUUUUUUUUUAUAACGUAAUGUUUACUGCUAUUUGGUCGUACUGGGACAAUUAACGAUAGUGUUUGUGAUCUGUCGUCAAUAAUGGCCUAGGAAUAUAUCAUUACACGGUCAUCACAGUAUUAUCAGCUUGAUGCUGCGGCAGAGAGCGACCACAUUCCCCCGCACGAGCCAUUGAUUGCUGUCCCGCGGAAGGAAUUAUCCAGGCAGCUGGCACGAGAGAGGAACCGGAGGAAUCUCUUCUUAUACCGCGUGCAGCUGGGAACAUCAUGUCUGCUAUGAGGACAUUGACGGCUGCGGGGCUAUCUUUGUCUUUUUGCGCCUUGGGACUCAUAGCAGUCGCAAUAUGUACUGACAAUUGGUACGAGACGGAUGCGAGGAGGCACAAGGAACGUUGUAAGAAUUAUUCCAACAAAAGAAACGACCCUGGAUUCAUCUAUAUCUCCAACCAGAACCUCCCACUCCGUAUGCUACCGAAGGAGAAUAACGUGGAGAGGAAGGGGUCGAGUGGGGGAGUCCUCCUGCGGGCUAAGCGGCACUUUUUGCCCCCUGCCCCGGCCAUGGAGUCCCUCUGCAGUCGGCAGUACAACUCCACAAUCUCCGGGCUGUGGAGGAAAUGUCAUCGAGAGGGAUUCGACCUGGAGACGGAGGAUCUCAUCUUUAAAGGUUUGGUUCAGCGCUGCACACCAAUAAAAUACUACUACUCCUCUUUAGCCCUCCCCAGAAAUCUGAACAUCAAUAUAACCAAGACUAUUCGUCAGGAUGAGUGGCAUGCGCUCCACCUGCAGAGAAUGACAGCCAGUUUCAUCGGCAUGGCUGUGUCCAUCAUCCUGUUUGGCUGGGUGAUUGGAGCUCUGGGUUGUUGUAAGCAGCAUGACCUGAUGCAGUACGUAGCUGGACUCCUGUUUCUCAUGGGAGGAACAUGCUGUAUCAUCUCUCUGUGUACAUGUGUAUCAGGGAUCAACUUUGAACUGUCCCGUUAUCCUCGCUACAUGUAUGGGAUCCCAGAAGACAUCAGUCAUGGUUAUGGUUGGUCCAUGUUCUGCGCAUGGGGUGGCCUAGGUCUCACCCUAUUGGCCGGCUUCCUGUGCACCCUGGCUCCUUCCCUCUACCCACCCGUCCCUCACACUAUGGUAGAGAGGCCGCAACGCAAGCCCCGACAUGAGAACGGCUGUGUGUGACACCAUAGAAAUAAAGUACUAUUUGAGUUGAACACAGGAGUGUGUGGUGUGUGUGUGAUCAGUGUCUGCCAGACUUUCCAGUGACAGGACUCUCAUCCCACCUAAGUCUUGUUUCUUCUCCGGAAAGAGAUGCUUUUCUGUUCUGACUGGACGGGGGACGUUACCCAGGGACUAAGAUCUGUCAGAAACACAGCACUGACUGCACAAAGAAAGAAACAGACGGAAAGACAUUGGCUCUGGCUCUUCAGCUUGAGGGGAAUAUGUUGGGGUCAGAUGGUGACUGUUUACUGAAGAGGAAUUCACUUCUUCUUUUCUUCGGUCCUCCUCUUCCUCAACCCCCAAAAUGUCAACAGUUACAGAAUGAUCUUUUUGUCCAAUAAUGAAUUGUUCAGUGUUAUUGCUUGCUAUUAAAAGAGGAGAGAAGUUACUCUCCUAAAUAUCUUCCUGUACCUUUGACCUUUGAUGCUGGUUCUAAAAAACAAAAGGAACACAGAAGAACAAUGAUAGCACCAACUUUAAGGGAUGAAUUCUAACUUCCACUUAAGUGUAUCUUUCACUUACUCUACCAUUGACAUCAAUGCAUGGCCAAGUGAAAGUGCAAGUUAGGAUAUACCCCUAAGCUAAGUUGUAAUAAAUUAAAAUAAUAUGGAUGUGUAUUCUCACAUUUUCAAAGAGCAAUCGUGUGGUAGUUUUUACUGUAUGUACCGAUUGAAAACAAAAUAAUAUGUAAAUGUCGAUUUAGAAAAUGUAUGUAUGCAGGUUUGCUUUUGUGUGUAUUAAAAAAAACAAAAAAAACAUGAGCAUUAAGAUACACGAUUGUAUUUGAUGGGAAAUGUUUUGAUGUUCUUGAAGUUUUACUGAUCAUGAUAGCGCCAUCAAGAUAUUUUGGAAAAUAAAAU